CUCCAGAUUAACUUACAGUUUACCACUUCACUCUAGCCAACAUUCAUUUAGAACAUCCCGAUCUCAGCUUGCAUCUCAAUCGAUUUUACACGGGUAUCCCAAACAUGCGUCUUUCAUUCAUCUCAGUGCUACUCUGGGGGGCUUUUUCUCUUGCCUCACCUUCAGCUGUCAACGAGCGGAGUGCAGCUCCAGACCCUAAUCCCGUCGCAUCAUCCGACACAACUGCCUUACAUCCUGCAGUGGAAGCGCUAGUCGAACGUUCGAUAGCAGAGCGUCAGUCUUUGACGGACAUCGCUACGUUGUUAAACGACAUUGGACCGACGCUUCAAGCUCUGGGCACACUUUUGAACUCAAACACGUUGAACGAGAUCAUCUCAGUGAUCAGCCACGCUAAUGCUCUUCUCGAUGACGAGGGCACAGCUGCUGCGCACAGCGUUCUUAUUCAAGCCAACAGACUAUUGUCUGAAAACAACACGGACACACUGAUUACGCUAUUCAACGAUGUUGGACCACUGAUCACGGAACUCUCGCCGCUUUUCUCUUCUCUCAAUUCUGUAUUGACAGGUCUUUCGAAUUUCUUCGGCAUCAAGGCAUAGCACCUUUUCGUCGCAGAAAUCAUUCACCUAGUGGAGGUCUAAUCAUUCAGAUUUGGCUUUCUCUUGUCCCCUGACAUCCUGGGGGAGAGCAUCGAGAAUAUGGUUCCGCACAUGAAGAACGUGGUCAGUGUCACAUUUACGAAACAACCUUGAGCUGUAACUGGGGCAGUAUACAGCCGCAUAACAGAAUGUUCCUUCGUCCAAAAUAUCAAUAAAAUUUUCGCGGAUCCGAGGUGAUGGGUUUGCAAACCUAUGCCCGGAUAUUGACCUUUCGACGGAAGGUCUGAAUUCACGGCAUGAUA